GCGUCGCCGCCGCCGCCACCGCCGCCGCCGCCUCCUCCGCGGGGCCUGCGCCGGCCGCCCCCGGCCGCCCGCCGGGAGGGAGGCCCGAGAGCGCGGGGGAGAGCGGCCCGGCCGCCGCCGCCGCUGCCAGGAUUGAAUUGUAUCUCCAAAAGCAAUAAGUGAGCCUUUAAAGAUGCACACAGGGCUGCAUGAAGAGAAGAGAGAAACUGGAGGAAACAAUGAACUAACGAAAAGGUUUAAUAGUGAAAACUGGCUUUCUGCAAACAACUGAAAACACUGCCCUUGAAAACUCUUUCUUUGGCCCUGAUGGAGCUUCUAGAUCUUGUACUGUGAGGCCUUUGAUAGGACACGCUCUCACCUACUGAUCACACAAAGGUGUUUGUCACCAUGGCCAGCAAGAGGAAAUCUACCACCCCUUGCAUGAUCCCCGUGAAGACAGUGGUGCUGCAGGAGGCCAGUACAGAGGCUCAGCCUGCGGAGACUUUACCAGAAGGUCCUCAGCAAGAACUGCCCCCAGAAGUGCCUACCACCAGCAGUGAGGCGGCUCCAAGUUCCAGCAGUGCUGACAGCACUGCACUGGCCAACGGGCACCGGAGCACUCUGGAUGGUUACUCCUAUUCCUGUAGAUACUGUGAUUUCAAGGCCCAGGACGUGGCCCAGUUUGUGGGACAUAUUAAUUCAGAGCACACAGACUUUAAUAAAGACCCAAAUUUUAUAUGCACUGAAUGCAGUUUUCUGGCAAAAAACCCUGAGGGGCUUUCUCUGCACAAUGCCAAGUGCCACUCAAGUGAAGCGAGCUUUGUGUGGAAUGUGGCCAUGCCAGACAAUCAUGUUGUUGUGGAGCAGAGCAUCCCUGAGAGCACCAGCACUCCUGACCCACCAGGUGAACCAAAUCCCGAGGGGACUGAUGGGCAGGCAGAAAUCAUCAUUACCAAAACUCCAAUCAUGAAGAUAAUGAAAGGCAAAGCUGAAGCCAAAAAGAUCCAUACCCUCAAGGAGAAUGUUCCCAGUCAGCCUGCUGGUGAGACCUUGCCAACUUCAUCUUCUGGGGAAAAGGAGACAAAAGAGGGGGACCACUCCUUUAUCAAUGGGGGAGUUCCAGUCAGCCAGCCUUCUACCAAUUCUGCAAAACGCCCCCAUGCCUCCAAUGGACCGCUGAUAGGAACUGUACCUGUUUUGCCAGCAGGGAUAGCUCAGUUCCUAUCCCUCCAGCAGCAGCCCCCGGUGCAUGCUCAGCACCACCCUCACCAGCCACUGCCCACCUCCAAGUCACUGCCCAAAGUGAUGAUCCCCUUGAGUAGCAUUCCGACAUACAAUGCAGCCAUGGACUCCAACAGCUUCCUGAAGAACUCUUUCCACAAGUUUCCCUAUCCAACCAAAGCUGAACUCUGCUACUUGACCGUGGUUACCAAGUACCCAGAAGAGCAACUCAAGAUCUGGUUCACAGCCCAGAGGCUGAAGCAAGGGAUUAGCUGGUCCCCGGAGGAGAUUGAGGAUGCCCGGAAAAAGAUGUUCAAUACCGUCAUCCAGUCUGUCCCGCAGCCCACAAUCACAGUUCUAAAUACGCCCCUGGUGGCCAAUACUGGCAAUGUUCAACACCUCAUCCAGGCCACUCUACCAGGCCAUGUGGUGGGACAGCCCGAAGGUACAGCAGGGGGACUUCUGGUCACUCAGCCACUCUUGGCCAAUGGGUUGCAGGCUCCAAGUUCUUCCCUCCCUCUGUCAGUUUCCUCUGUCCCCAAGCAGCCACCUGUUGCCCCCAUUAACACUGUGUGUUCCAACACCACCUCAGCUGUGAAGGUGGUCAAUGCUGCCCAGUCGCUCCUCACAGCAUGCCCUAGCAUCACCUCCCAAGCCUUCCUUGAUGCCAGCAUCUACAAAAACAAGAAGUCCCAUGAGCAACUGUCUGCUCUAAAGGGCAGCUUCUGUCGGAACCAGUUCCCGGGACAGAGCGAGGUCGAACAUCUGACGAAAGUGACUGGCCUCAGUACCAGAGAGGUGCGGAAAUGGUUCAGUGACCGAAGGUACCACUGCAGGAAUCUGAAGGGCUCCAGAGGCAUGCUACCAGGCGAGCACAGCUCCAUCAUCAUUGACUCCCUGCCAGAGGUGCCCUUUUCCCCAGCAGCCAAGGCUCCAGAUGGGACCAGCAUCCCAACAGCAGCCAGCCUGGCCACCCACCCUUCUGCCAGACGGCAGUCCUGGCACCAGACCCCCGACUUCACGCCAACCAAGUACAAGGAGCGUGCCCCUGAGCAGCUUAGAGUUCUGGAGAGCAGUUUUGCACAGAAUCCCCUUCCUCUUGAUGAGGAGCUGGAUCGUUUGAGAACGGAAACCAAAAUGACCCGAAGGGAGAUUGAUAGCUGGUUUUCAGAGAGACGGAAAAGGGGGACUGCUGAGGAGUCCAGGAGGGUAGAUGAUGGUGCCCCUCAGGAAGAUGAUGAGGCUGUGGAGGAUGAUGGUGGAGAAGAAGAUAUGGCCCAGGAUCUGAGGAUCCGUGGUGAAAACGGCUCCCCAGAACUACCCGGUGACCACACCUUGGCAGAACGCAAGGUCAGCCCCAUCAAAAUCAACCUCAAGAAUCUGCGGGUCACUGAAGCCAAUGGCAAGAAUGAGCUUCCAGGCCUGGAGCUCUUUGAGCCUGAAGAUGAUGGGUCAAAUAAGUUGGCUGAGCAGCCACCAGGCAGAGGGGGCUACAAGAAGACAGCCCAACAGAGGCACCUGCUGCGGCAGCUCUUUGUCCAGACUCAGUGGCCAAGCAAUCAGGACUAUGACAACAUUAUGGCCCAGACAGGUUUGCCACGGCCAGAGGUGGUGCGCUGGUUCGGGGACAGCAGGUAUGCCCUGAAGAACGGCCAGCUCAAGUGGUAUGAAGACUAUAAGCGGGGCAACUUCCCCCCGGGGCUGCUGGUCAUCACCCCCAGCAACCGGGAGCUGCUACAGGACUAUUAUACGACACACAAGAUGCUGUAUGAAGACGACCUGCAGAGCCUCUGUGACAAGACCCAGAUGAGCUCCCAGCAAGUCAAGCAGUGGUUCGCUGAGAAGAUGGGUGAGGAGACCCGCACUGUGGCAGACACCGUCAGCGAGGACCAGGGCCCUGGCGACCCUCCAGCAGUUCACAAAACGGGGAUGGGUGAUACCUAUUUGGAGGUAUCUGAGAAUAGUGAACUGUGGGAGCCCAGUGCCCCCGAGGCCAGCUCAGAGCCCUUGGAUGCACAGAGUCCCCAGGCUGGACUUAAGUUGGAAACAGACUGAAUGGUAACUGAUUGUUACAAGGGACCGGCCAGUCUGGGAUGCCACCGGCUGCAGGGAAGGCCCAACCCAACUCUCUGCUGCCACUCGUCAUUCCUGUGUCAGGCCACUGGUCACCCAGGAGAGCUGCUGGAGGCUUCGCCAGUAGCCCAGAGCCCCGGCCGCCUUCUGCUGCUGUCACCAAUCAGGCUGGGAGAGUAAAGUUCUCGCC